AUGACAUGGUGUCAGAAAUGUAAAAAAACUGAUUGUUUGUUAAUUCACCAUUAUAAAAAGAAGGAUGAAUAUAAAGUGAAAACACCUUUUAUCAACUGGGAUUCUAGAGACUUAAAAACGGAAUUUAAAAAGUUCAAAACGCACUGUAAUUUUAUGUUUGGUGGACCUUUGAAUUCAAAGUCGGAAGAACAAAAAGUCAAUUAUUUGAUGUUAUGGGUAGGAGAGAAAGGAAGAAAUAUUUAUUCUACAUGGACUCUAAAUAAUGAUGACAAAAAGAAAUUGGAACCCCAUUUCACAAAAUUAGAAGAAUAUUGUGAACCAAAGUCGAACGUUAUCUAUUCACGAUAUCUGUUGAAAUCAAGAGUACAGAAACAAGAUGAAACUUUUGAACAAUUUGUCACAGAUUUGAAAUUAUUGAUAAUAGAUUGUGGUUACCCAGAAGACAGAUAUGAUGAAACUGUGCGAGACCACAUAGUGUUUGGAGUAAAAUCGCAUAAAAUUAGGGAAAGCUUAAUUAGGAAAGGUUCAGAUUUAAAACUGCAAGAUUGUUUGGACAUUGCCAGAACUCAUGAAAUAUCUCAAACACAAGUAAAAGAAAUGGAGUCGGAAGACAAAUCCUUGCAUGGAAUCAAACGAAAACCUUCAAUAUCAAAGAAAAAAACAUUUCAACCAAAACAAUCAGGAGCGAAAUACUUUCAACCAAGGAUAUGCCUUAAAUGUGGAUACCAGCAUACCACAGCUACGUGCCCCGCUAAUGGAAAAACUUGUAGGAAAUGUAAGAAACCCGGACAUUUUGAGAAAAUGUGUAAAUCAAAAUCCCAGAGGAAAUCUAGAUACGGUAAAGUACACAUGAUGGACGACUUUUCAGAAAGUGACAGUGAUACCAGCGGAGAAUUUGAAUAUAUGGAAAUUUCAACAAGUGACAAAAGUGUAAAUUCUGUUACACAUGACAUGACAGUACAAGUAAGAGUGAAUGGAAUUUGCAUACCUAUGCAACUGGAUACAGGUGCAAAGUGCAAUGUUAUGAGUGUGAAAAUUUUGAAAAAACUGAGAAUUAAAGGAAAUAUCAAGAAUACAAGGGUUAACUUGAAAUCUUAUAGUGGACACACGAUGAAGCCUAUAGGUACGUUGUCUUUACCUUGUAUCAUCAAUGAUAGUUCCCACGAGAUCAAAUUUCAUAUCAUUCAUGAAAAAGCACCUACGGUUCUUGGCGUUGAGUCAUGCAUCACGAUAGGACUGGUAAAGCGAGUGUAUGGUGUACAUGCGGAAACAAAACAAAAUGCCAAUGUGAGAAAUGAAUUUGUUGAAGAUAAAUUUCCAAAUUUAUUCAAAGGUAUAGGAUGCCUUCCGAAAAAGCAUCAUAUUGAAAUAGAAAAAGAUGCAAAACCCGUUGUAAACCCGCCGAGAAAUGUGCCAGUAAAACUGCGUUCGAGAGUCAAGGACGAACUCGACAGAAUGCUUGAAGAAGGAAUAAUUGUAAAAGAAAAUGAGCCUACGGACUGGGUAAACAAUACGGUGACUGUAGUGAAACCGAACGGUUCUCUUAGGAUCUGCUUGGAUCCAUCCGAUUUGAACAAAUGUAUCAAAAGGCCACACUAUCCAUUGAAAACGAUAGAAGAUGUAGUCACAAGAAUUCCAAAUGCCAAAGUAUUCUCGAAGAAGCUUGACUGUGUAUCUUCAUUUUGGCAAGUUGAGCUAGAUGAAGAAAGUUCGAAAUUAUGCACCUUCAACUCGUGCUUUGGAAAAUUUCGAUUUUUGAGAAUGCCAUUCGGAAUAAAAUCAGCCAGUGAGGUAUUUCAAAACGUGAUUUCUGAAAUUCUGGAUGAUAUAGAUGGCGUUGAAGUCAUUAUGGAUGACAUAUUAGUCACAGGCACAAAUACAGAAGAACAUGAUCAAAGACUAAAGGAAGUUUGGCAAAGAUUAGAAGAUAAUAAUCUUAAGCUUAGCAAGGACAAAUGUGACAUAAGGAAAAGCUCUGUGUCAUAUUUUGGACAUACUUUGACAAGUGAUGGAUUAAAACCGCACCCUGAGAAAAUAAGAGCUGUGCUGGACAUGAAACCUCCUCAAAACAAACAACAAGUGAAAACUUUCAUUGGAUUUAUUCAAUACCUAAGUAAAUUUCUUCCAAUGUUAUCGGAGAAAACUGAAAUUCUUCGUAGAAUUCUUAAAAAAGAUGUUAUUUUCUAUUGGGGAAAACAAGAAGAUGAACAUUAG